AUGGAAAUCGUUUUCAUAUACUUGAUCACGAUAAAUUUCGUGUUCUCCUCGAUCAUCCCCCUUCAACGCUCGAAUCCAUCGUCCAAAUCGCGCGCGAACACUCCAUACUCUCUUGCUGGCAUUCAGGUCGGCUGGCUCACGUCACCCAACGUCGACUUGGUUCGGGCAUGCGAGGCCUGGCGCGCCUACACGAUCGUCUCAGCAAGCCAGAUCGACCGGCAGAUCGCCCUCUACGCGCUGCAUGAGGGGCGCUUGCACAACCUGCUCAAGCGCAAUAAUGCGCUCGCGCGGCAUAACUUGGCGCUGCUGGAAGGGUUUAUUGAGCAGAAUCGGUGGGCUUGUGAGUCGGCGAAACCCGUGGCUGGGUCUGUGGCGUGUGUGAGGGUUUCGAAGAUGUAUAUAAAAUGGAAUCAUGUUGUCUGUGUCUGGUACGAGUGGGCUCAAACCACGAAUAAUCAUUCUCAAAAAACUCUAAUUUUGUGGUCAACGACAAACUGGAAAUCGUAUCCUCGGAAACCGAAACAAAGCGCCGGCGACCCAUAUCCUUGCUCGCGCCUCGGUGCGGAUUGCGGGGAACCUGAAUUCGGCAUUCCAUCAGCUUGGCCACAGCGAACAAUAAUGAGAAAUCCCGAGGGGGUCGCAGCGACAAAGUACGAUUCUCCCCAGUCAAAUCGGCGCAUUUGGGUGCCCUGCGAAGGCGGUCGUCGUAGACGCAGCAUGUGCCACGGCGCAGAUUAUUUGAUAAGAGUCUAUAGAGUUAGCCGACGGGCGGUUGAGUUUGCCAGGCGGGCCACGUUACGAGCAGCAGAUGCCUCGAAGCUCUCUGGACCCUAUUCCUCCUCAGCUUCAUCCUUCUUGAGCCACCGUGAAGACGAUUGCUGGCACCGGACGGAGAAACUCGCGCUGUGGAGGACGAUCCUCAGCGGGUUCCCUCGGCCCCAGCAAUCAUGUUGCCAAUUGCCAUUCACCGGUGAAUGA